AUGGGAGACUUACCACACCUGAGUGACCAGAUUGGCACCUUCAGCCUCUCUACUAUUAACCCUGCCGAUCCUGCUUACACCCCUCUUCUUUAUCGACUGCGGGAAGAAACCUUUCAAAACCGGACAACUCAAGUUAGACAUGGCUCAAAUCUAAGACGCUUCACCCGGGAUACUUCCAUCGAUAUUCCUGCCGCCAUCCAAAAAGACUCUGGAAUUGAUCUUGACAAGUUCAUGCGCCGAUAUGGCCUGACAGGUUGUGUGGUUGUUCAAAAUGGAGCUAUACGACUCGAAGAAUACAGGCAUGGCAACUCACGAGCUUCUCGGAACGAUGUCCAAUCCUGUACCAAGUCAGUAGUUUCUACAGCGCUUGCCAUCGCACAGCAGGAGGGCAAACUAUCCGUCAACGACCCAGUAUCUCGCCAUGUGGAGGAGUUGAAAGGAACCGCCUGGGCCGAUGUGCCCCUUCUUGCUCUCUCCAGCAUGACGUCCGGGGUAGUCGAGCAGUCUGAGGAAGAGAGGCCUGCAGACGUGCCGAAUCCCAUGUACGCUACAGAACUUUACCCUCAGACAGAUCCAGAGGUUGUCCUCAAUUGGCUCAAAACAUCCAAGAAGGUGGCUGAGCCUUGGGAGGAGUUCCACUACUAUAAUCCCAAUUACUACGUGUUGUCAACGGCCAUUUCUCGUGCGACUAAGGAGCCUCUUGACGAGUACCUCUCGCGCGUGAUAUGGGAACCUGCGGGGAUGCAAUACGACGCGUAUAUACGAACAACCGGUGCGGGACAUGUUGAUGGUCAUGGCGGUCUUUCAGUCACUCUAACUGACAUGGCACGCUUUGGAUGCUUCAUUCUGGACGGUUUCAAAAAAGAAGGCAAAGGUCCUAACGUGCCACCCAAUUGGUUCCAGGACAUCUCACAGGCCAAGUACAGUGUCGGUGCCCGGGCUCUCCACCCUGACAACUUUGUUUCAAACUUUGGCUACGAAAGUGGAUGGUGGACGACAGGGAGAGGGGGCAAGGAGUAUAUGAUGGGAGAUGAUGGAGCAUUUGCGGCUAUUGGCAUGUAUGGCCAGUCUAUCUACGUUGUCCCAAAGUUGGACGUCGUUAUUGCUAUUCAGUCUGGAUAUCCUGAGCAUGAGCUGGACCUAUUCACCAAGAAUGCAGAGUUGGCAACUUCUAUUUUGAAAGUUUUGAGGUAG